UUACAUGAUGUCAUCUUGGGAUCUGGAAAUUUGUGACGGGUAUUUCUACCUGUUUUCUGAUGUUUUAUAGACCAAAUAAUUCACCGAUAAUGGAAAUAAACAUUACUUACGACAUUAAUAUGCUAUCCCCUGCCACCAAACCAAAUACCUCCAAUAAAAAUGAAGACUGUUUAGUACUUAAAAGACCCACAAUAAGUAUGUGAAGAAUCACUCAUGAGCAAAAGAGAUUCUUUAGUUGGUGAUGGUGCUGUGAAGAACCAGAGAGCCUUCUGAAGAACAACUUAAGAGCUAUUAUUUUCCUGAGAGCAGUCGAAGGAUUCUGUUCAUGCUGCAAAUACCAUGACUGCAUACUGACUGCUGCUUCCAUCCCUUCUCUGCUCUACAAUUCAUUCUGUACAUACAUUUAACUAUACCUUUUUUCUGUAUGCUGUUUGGUUUGUUGCUGAACCACAUUUGGCUGCACUGCUGCUCAUCUGUGUGCAGUGACAGUAAAUUUAUAUGUGUGUUCCUGCUCUGACAAGGCCCCGCCCCUCACCUGACACAAACCAGAAAACAGGUUGUUCUGCCUUACAGACAAGAGACAAACAGACGAAAAGGUUCACAUUUAGACCAAAACCACCACUUCCACUGAGACUGAAGAGAUCACUGGGAUUACUGGGAAUGAAACACGGGAAAUACUGAAGGUACUGAAAUGCUGCCAUUUCAACCUGCUGCUAACUUCACAUUUUGAACCAGUUUUGAAGUUUUCAAGGAAAAGGGUGUGACAGCUGCUACGUGGUCUAGUUUUUCUUCUUGGAGCCGUCUACUUGCUGUGUUUUCAGCUUGACUCGGGGACUAAAUGGCUUCCAGAUUAGAGGAGGAUCUCUGCUGUCCUGUCUGCCAUGAGAUCUUUAAGGAUCCUGUCAUUAUGUCAUGUAGCCACAGCUUCUGUAAAGUCUGCCUGCAGAGCUGGUGGGCACAGAGAGAAAAACGUAACUGUCCACUUUGUAAAAAAAAAUCCACAAAGGAUAUACCAUCUCCAAACUUGGUGUUAAAGAACCUGUGUGAGAGUUUCAUAGAGGACAGAGGUCUGAGAUCCUCAGAGGCUCUCUGCAGUCUGCACUCUGAGGGAUUCAAACUUUUUUGCCUGGAUCAUCAGGAGCUACUAUGUGUCGUCUGCAGAGAUUCCGAAAAACACAACCAGCACAGAUGCAGACCCAUCGAUGAAGCUGCACAACAACACAGAGAGGAACUUCAGGAAACUCUAAAGCCCUUAAAGGAGAGGUUAAAGGCUACUGAAAGAGUUAAAGUGCAGAUUGCUCAAACAGCAGCACAUGUUGAAGUCCAGGCUCGACUUACAGAGAGGCAGAUUAAGAAGCAGUUUAAGAAGCUUCACCAGUUUCUAGCAGACGAGGAGGAGGCCAGGGUGGCUGCACUGAAGAAGGAAGAGGAGCAGAAGAGUGGGAGGAUAAAGGAGAAGAUGGAGGCUCUGAUCACAGAGAUAGCAGCUCUUUCAGAUACAGUCAGAGCCACAGAGGAGGAGCUGAGAGCUGAAGACAUCUCAUUCCUGCAGAACUAUAAGGCUGCGGUGGAAAGAGUCCAGCGCUGCCCCCUGCUGGAGGAUUCUCAGCUGCUCUCAGGAGCUCUGAUAGAUGUGGCCAAACACCUGGGCAAUCUGACCUUCAACAUCUGGAACAACAUGAAGGAAAUGAUCCACUACACUCCUCUGAUUCUGGACCCAAACACUGCAAAUCCAGAACUUAUCCUGUCUGAAGAUCUGUCCAGUGUGACACGAAGAAGGAGGCAGCAGCUUCCUGACAACCCGGAGAGGAUUAAAAACUUCUGGUCUGUCCUGGGCUCUGAGGGCUUUAACUCAGGGACUCACAGCUGGGACGUCAAGGUUGGAGAUAGUACAGAAUGGGCACUGGGUGUUUUAGCAGAGUCUGUCCAGAGGAAGGGAUUCAUACAGUCUGGAUUAUGGACAAUAGGUUUGUCUUUAGGUCAAUGCAGAGCAGUGUCCCCAUUACAUCCUCCCAUAUUUCUCCGAUGGAGGAAGACAGUAGAAAGGAUCAAAGUAAAUCUGGACUGGAACAAAGGGUUGCUGACGUUCUCUGAUCCUGACACUAACACACACAUACACACCUUCACACACUGUUUCACUGACAAGAUGUUUCCAUACAUUAACACUUGGUUGAAUCAGCCACUGACGGUUUUACCAGUAAAGGUCUAUGCGAGUGUGGAACAACACUAAAACGUCAUUAUUUAUCAUGAUAAAGAUUCAUUAUUACAUCCAGAGCUGCAGUUGACAAUUAUCUUUAUGACUGAUUCAUCUGAUGAUCAUUUUCCUGAUUGAUCAAUAGACUGAUUGGUCUACAGCACAUCAGUAAACAGUGAAACAUGUCCACAUAAGUCACAUAGACCUGUGUUUUUUUUUCCAACCAACAGUUCAGAACCUUAACAUAUUUAAUGAAAGACAAA